AUGAAAAGAGAGAAUGAAUGUAAAGAAAAUGGGGAAAAAAGAAAUAAUGUAAAUUCAUUUAAUAAAAUCAUUAAGCUAACAGUAACUGAUGGUAUUGAAUAUAGUGAAUUAUUAUUUUGGAAGAUAUUUAGAAAUAUAGUGAUCAAUAAAAUAAUAAUGUCAUUCAUGGAUAAACGAUUUACACCAAAAUAUAAAACAAUUUCAGAUGGAGCUGAAAUGAUUCGAAAUAAUCAAUUCAGUCUAUUAAAAGAUAAAAUUAAAAUAAAUUGCAGAUAUUUACAUUUUUAUGACAAAAAAGGUUGUGAGAUUGAAAUUUUAAAUAAAUUAUUCAAAACAAUCAUUAGCGAUAAUGAAUUUUACAGAAAAUUCUUUAGAAAUCACCUUUUUGAAUUUACUAAUAGAAAAGUAAUCAUUUCAUUAAUUACAUCAAAGAAUUUACAAGUAUAUCAAAUAUUUAUAGAAGAGUUUAAUCAUAUACCAACUGUUUAUGAUCUAAAAAUAGCAAUUUCAGUUGGUGCUAACAAAUUCAUUAGAUAUCUAUUAGAACAAUCACAACUAGAACAAUCAAAAUUUAAAAUAAACAUAUCAAAAGAUGAUUUAGAUAAUUAUAAUUCAAUUGAUACAAUAGUUGCUCCAAAUAAAGUUAUUUCAAAUUUAAGAAAAAUUAUUUUAAAAAAUUCUUCUAAAUUUUUUUUUCCAUUUAAAUUAUUAAAUUUAAAGAGAGAUAUGUUUAAAGGAUUACUAUGCUAUUUUAAUUGUUAUCAAAGUUUAAGAGAUAAUAAUAAUAAUAAUAAUAAUAAUAAUAAUAAUAAUAAUAAUAAUAAUAAUAAUAAUAAUAAUAAUAAUAAUAAUAAUAAUAAUAAUAAUAAAUUUCAAGAACUAACGAUUGAUACUCUUUUGAGUAUUCAUUCGAAUAGAGAAAAUGAGUUGAUAAUAAAAUCAACAUCAACAAUAAAAUCACUAAUUAGAGUUUGUAUAUUAAUAUUAAAAUUAAAAGCAAUGACGAAAACAAACGACCAAUCAGAUUCAGCAUCUCCUUCAAUUACCAUUCAAGAUAUUGAAACAUUUAUAAAAAUAACACCAAAAGAAAAAUUAAAAUCAACAUUAGGAAACCCAAUAAAUUUCAACUUUAAUAAUAAUGUCAAGUAUGAUGAUGAUGGUGAUGAUGAACAACGUUUUUCUAAAUUAAUAACAUACCAAAUUAAAGAAUAUAAUAGUAAUAGAAAUAGAAUACCACGGAAAGUAUUCUAUAAAUCAAAAAGUGGUCAAAUGGUUCAAUUAAUUUGUAAACAUUGUGGAGAUUCAAGCUUUACAACAUUUUGUUCUUUUUUACUUCAUUAUCGAUACGAUCAUUCUCGUAUGGAUUUUCCACAGUUUGAAGACGCCGAAGAAGUUAGUAUUAAUCCCGGUGGCGAGCUUGAAAUAUUAUUAUAUACACCCGAUUUAGACAGUAGUUUUUUCAAAAGAUUUAAUAAACAAUCAGAAGAUAAUAAUAAUAAUAAUAAUAAUAAUAAUAAUAAUAAUAAUAAUAAUAAUAAUAAUAAUAAUAAUAAUAAUAAUAAUAAUAAUAAUAAUAAUAGUUGUAGGUCUAAUGAUGAUGAUGAUGAACAUAAAACCUUUAUAAAGAAAUUAUUGGAUGAAUAUUAUUCAAUAUUUUGUAAAGAUAGAUCAGCCAUUAUAUAUUAUUAUUAUUACGAUGGAUUUAAUAAUAUCAAUUUAGAAAAUAAAAGUUUAUACAGUGUAGAUUUAAAAGAAUAUUAUGAAUCAUUUAGAUUUGGAAUUCCAACAUUUGACUUGGUUGGUCAUUUUCUUUAUGACCACCUUAAUUUUAUAUCAUUGAUAGAUAUCAUGAGAUAUCCAGAUAAAAAGUCAAUUUAUAUUUUAUUCUCAAAUUGUACAGAUAGAUUAAAAAAGAUUCAGUUUAUAGAUAAAACCAUUCAAUCAAUAAAAUCAAAUGGUUUACGAAAUGUUGAAAACCAAUUAACGAAUUUCUUUUAUAUGGUUGUCAUGCACGACGAUUUAGAAUUAAUAAAGUAUUUUUUCAAACAAAUAAAUGGUUAUCAAUUACAUUUGGGUGGUGGGGGUGGAGAUUUACAUUACUUAUAUAUGUUUAACCCAACAAUUUAUAUUGGUUCGGUAGAUGUUUUAAAUUAUUUAUUUGAAAAUCAUAGAGAAUAUUUUAUUGAUGAUAAUUAUAACUAUUAUUCCUAUUUCAAGAAUUUAAAAUUAUUAAAACACUUUGAAGCAUUAACACUCAAAGUUCCAUCAACAUUAAGAAUUUGUGAAUACUUGGACCACUAUACCAGAGGUGAUAAUUUUCAAAAUUAUAUAUCACAUAUCAUCAGAAACCGUUUAUUAAACAUUGGUGACAUUAUUGAUUUCGAUGAACUUAGAUUCAUUGUUAAUGAUAUUGAAUUUUCACCUAAUAUUCACCAUUUGUUAGAUUUGAUGUUAAAAAAUGUUAAAAAUAAUGAAAUCUUUUUAAGGGUUCUAGAAAUUGCUAUUGUUAAUUCAAGAUUACAUAUUUUAGAAUUUGUUAAUGAAAACAGUGGCAACCUUUUAAAAGAAAUAAAGAAUCUUGGCGAACGAUUUGAUGUUUUUCUAUAUCGCGUAUUUGAAGGUGAUAAUGUAAGGGUAUCAGAAUUUCUACUUCAAUUUAUCAACCAAGUAGAUUCAGAAAAAUUAUUUGGUCCAAAAUCAUUAUUAUAUAUUUCAAAUAAAUUAAAAUCUUUAAAUAAAUAA